AUGGGCGACUACGAACCCGAACGCGUCCUCUCUGCUCCGGCAUCCAUGUGCAAGGACCCGCUGAACAUCUCCAACGAGACCAGCGGCGUCCUCUACCACCAGCUCCGCCAGAAACCGCUCAACAUCGUCGGCGGAAAGGGAAGCUACCUCAUUUCCGACGAAGGCCUCGAGAUUCUCGACGCCACCUGCGGCGCGGCAGUGUCCUGUCUGGGUCACAGCGAUAAGCGCGUGCACGAGGCUAUCAUGGACCAGCUGCAGAAGAUCCCGUACUGCUAUUCGCUCUAUUUUACGAAUAGCGCUGCGGAGAAUCUGUCCAGGAUCCUGGUUGAGUCUACGGGUGGGAAGAUGUCGAGGGUGUUCAUUUCGAGUUCGGGCACGGAAGCCGUCGAGGCAUCCGUCAAAAUGGCAAUGCAGUAUUUCAGGGAACUUCCAACCCCUCAACCGCAAAGGGUAAAGUUCAUCUCGCGCAAGCAGUCUUAUCACGGUAAUACCCUCGGUUCACUGGCGGUGGGACACCAUGUUGCGCGUAGGGCGAUUUACGAGAGUAUCCUGACGAAGAACGUUACUCAUGUCUCGCAAUGUUAUCCCUACCGCGAUAUGAAAGCCGGCGAGAGUGUGGAGGCGUAUAUUGGUCGACUGGCGAUGGAAUUGGAAGAUGAGUUCCAGAGGCUGGGGCCUGAUACUGUUUGUGCUUUUGUCGCGGAGACGAUGGCUGGUGCUACACUAGGAUGCCAGCCCGCACUCCCGGGCUACCUCAAAGCCAUGAAAGAAGUCUGCGAGCGCCACGGCGCACUCUUCAUCCUGGACGAAGUCAUGUCUGGCAUGGGACGGACGGGGACUCUACAUGCCUGGGAGCAGGAGGGUGUUGUGCCAGAUCUCCAGACUAUCGCCAAGGGUCUGGGGGCCGGGUAUGCUCCCAUUGCCGGUCUUCUCGUCAAUAAGCGUGUCGUCGAUACUUUGACACGUGGUACGGGUGCCUUCGCUCAUAGUCAGACGUACCAGGGUCACCCUGUUUCCUGCGCAGCUGCGUACAAGGUGCAGCAGAUUAUUCAGGAGGAUAAUCUCCUGCCAAAUGUGAGGGUUAUGGGCGAGUAUCUUGGUUCGCUUCUUCGUGAGAAGUUGGGUGGACACCCUCAUGUUGGAGAUAUUCGGGGGAGGGGACUUUUCUGGGCUAUGGAGUUUGUACGAAACAGAGAGACGAAGGAGUCGUAUCCGCCUUCGCAGAAGAUUGCGUGGACUUUGCAUACGACUGGUCUCAAGCCUCAGCAUGCUAUCUCACUUAUGCCUGGCAAUGGUGGUGCAGAUGGUGUUAAUGGGGAUCAUAUUUGUUUGGCGCCGCCGUAUAAUACUACCAAGGAGGAGAUUGAGAUGAUUGUUGAGCGGACUGUCAAUGUUAUUCAGGAGGUUUUGGGAUGA